UAAAAGUUCGCCAAAAAAAAGUUAAUGAGAUAUUUGAGCUUAGAUAAUAAAUUUAAUCUUAAAAAAAUGAGUUGGCAAAAUUUUGAAAACUAUGGAUUUGUACUAUCUCUCUGAUUCGCCUCCCUGUCGUGCAGUUUUGUUAACAGCCAAAGCCCUUGGCAUUGAAUUAAACAAAAUACCUUUGGAUUUUGAAGCCGAAGAACAUUUGAAACCGGAAUUUGUACAAAUCAAUCCCCAGCAUACCGUACCCACUUUGGUUGAUGGCGACUUCAUUUUGUGGGAAUCUCGUGCCAUAAUGAUCUACUUGGUCGAAAAGUAUGGCCAAGAAGAUGAUCCCUUGUAUCCCAAAUGUCCAGAGAAACGAGCUUUGAUUAAUCAACGACUUUAUUUUGAUAUGGGAACCUUAUUCGGUAGUUACAUCGAUUACUAUUAUCCUCAAAUGCUGGAAAAGAAACCUGGAAAUCCCGAACUGCUUCCUAAGUUAGAGAAGGCCAUGGAAUUUUUAGAUAUAUUUUUAUCCAACUCUGAUUAUGCUGCUGGUGAUACCAUGACCUUGGCUGAUCUGGCUUUCCUGGUUAGUGUUAGCUCUAUGGAAGUUGUGGAUUUUGAUAUCAAACGUUAUGAGAAUGUCUACAAGUGGUAUGAAAAUAUCAAGGAAGAAGCCCCGGGGGCAGCAGAGGAUUGGGAGAUGUGCUUGGAAUUGAAAAAGUAUUUGAAAUGAAAGUGUGAUGAAUAAAGAUAAUGUUUGUGAAGUUAA